UUGGGCACGGCCAAAAUAACGAACAUUACUCCAAGUUCUUCUCUCUGCAACACUAUCCAGAUGCCCUUCACUACCACUGUCAGCCCCUACGUUGAUUACUGAUACUCUUCAGGUCUAUGAUAUCCACGAUUCUUCAUUGUAGGCGGAGUCAAUUGCGGCUUCAGUAGCGGUGUCCCUCGCCGCCCUCUGCUCUGCGGCAAUGACGAGGGGAAACUGGUUCAGAUUCGUCCUUUCCCGCCGGCAGUUUCUCCGGUCCUGCUCCUCGGACGCUUUUGACCCGCCGCCAUUUUUACCUUCCCGAAGAGUUGUUGUCACUGGUGUUGGCAUGGUGACUCCACUUGGGUGUGGGGUCAAAACUUCAUGGAAGCGACUAAUACAUGGAGAAUGUGGUGUAAGAGCAAUAACUCUUGAUGAUUUGAAGAUGAAUGGAUUUGAUAGAGAAGUUCAGUUGCGGGCAUUUGAACAACUGACAUCAAAAGUUGCUGCAACAGUGCCUUGCGGAACUAACCCGGGGGAAUUCCAGGAUGAGUUGUGGCUCAAUUCCAAAGAGCAUAGAUCAAUUUCGAGGUUUAUAGGGUAUGCACUAUGUGCUACUAAUGAAGCCCUCAAUGAUGCUAAUUGGAUACCAUCCACCUUGGGUGAGAAGGAACGAACAGGAGUGUCUAUAGGUGCUGGAAUUGGAAGCAUCGUUGAUGUUAUGGAUGCAUCCAAAAUGAUCUGCGAGAAGAAUUUACGUCGGAUUAGUCCAUUUUUCAUCCCGCGGAUACUGAUCAACAUGGCUUCAGGUCAUGUGAGCAUGAAGUACGGAUUUCAGGGACCAAACCAUGCUGCAGUGACAGCUUGUGCCACGGGGGCACAUUCAGUUGGGGAUGCUGCUAGGAUGAUCCAAUUUGGUGAUGCAGAUGUCAUGGUUGCUGGGGGGACCGAAGCCAGCAUUGAUGCUCUAUCUAUUGCAGGGUUUUGUAGGUCAAGAGCAUUGACUACCAAGUAUAAUACUGCACCACAGCAAGCUUCAAGGCCAUUUGAUUGUGACCGUGAUGGAUUUGUCAUUGGUGAGGGUUGUGGUAUUCUUGUGUUAGAGGAAUUAGAGCACGCUAAAAAGCGAGGUGCUAAGAUAUAUGCUGAGCUUCGUGGUUUUGGAUCCUCGGGUGAUGCAUAUCACAUCACUCAGCCGCAUUUUGGUGGAAGAGGUGCUAUUUUGGCCAUGACACGUGCUCUAAAGCAGUCUGGUCUUCAUCCUAGCCAAGUGGAUUACAUAAAUGCACAUGCAACAUCCACACUUUUGGGUGAUGUUGUGGAAGCUAAUGCGAUUCAACAUGUAUUUUCAGAUCAUGCAGCUUCAGGUGCUCUGGCCUUUUCCUCGACGAAGGGCGCAACUGGCCAUCUCCUUGGAGCAGCCGGAGCCGUAGAAGCUAUUUUUGCUGUGUUGACGAUACACCAUGGAAUCGCGCCUUUGACGCUUAACCUUAAAAAACCUGAUCCCGUAUUUGCUGGUGAGUUCAUGCCAUUGACAACAUCAAAGGAUAUGAAUGUUAAGGCUGCUUUGUCCAACUCUUUUGGCUUUGGGGGAACAAAUUCAACUUUGCUUUUUGCUUCCAUCAACUAAUCCUUGAAUUAGGAGUUGGAGUAAUACUGCACGUACUCUAAAUUUUUUACUCCAUUUUUUUCUUCGGCUUACGUGGCAUAUUUUGAUUCAUUCAGAAAAAAGAGUGGGCCACAAUUUUUAUUACUCUCUCUCUUAUAUUUCUCUUAUAUCAAUACAAUCCAUAUAAUAGCCGGAGUUUUACUCCCUUGAAGUUCAUAUAUUAUUUUCCUUUAUUACCUUGGACCUCACAUUAAUAAAAAGAAGUAUAUUCUUUUGUGUUUUGAUCUA